CGAAUUUUCAGGGGACUCAUAGGAAAAGAUCCUGGCGUGAUGUGUAUUAAACGCCUGUGUGAGGGGAAGAGCCUUUAGUGGAUUCGCGCGAUUUUUUCCCAUGUUCUGACUAUUCUGUGGUAACGCGGGUUUGCGCAGUCUAUUGCGGAAAGCGUUUAUGUUGGCGUCUGGUAAACGAUGCCGUGUGUUUUUUUUUCCUCGAGGGCGUUCAGCCCGUUUAUACUGUACCACCAGCAUGAAUAGUGCUCCAGUUUCCUGGACGAUUACCCCGGAAAGUGUUGUUUUGGUAGACCCGUAUCAGGUGGAGCUUGGAUUCGCAAUAGCCAAAAUAAUUAUGUUGGCAGGGUUUGACUCCAUCGAGCAAGUGGCACUUCAAGCGCUCGUCGAACACUGCGUCUCGUCAAUGAGAAGUAUCGGGGAUUGUGCGCGAAUUGCGAUGGAAAACUCUGGCAGGGUAAUCGCGACGUCGCAUGAUAUCAAGUUUGCGAUAAAGAGGAAAAAGAUAUCUUUGAAUGAGCUGCUCUCAUACUACAAAAGGUUACUUACAAUAGAAGAUAACUUGAAAGUUUCCAUUCCGAGACAAGUUGCCACGCCUGUUGCUCCCAUUCAGAACGCAAGGCUCUCUGCGUGCUUCAAAUUAAACGAAACGAAACGAUUUGUGAGAAAGCGGAAUAACGAUGUCAUCCCCGAUUAUCUCCCAGCAUUCCCGCAGCCGCAUACUUACGGGAAAACUCCGCUGAUAAUUCAGUCUAGAUCGUGUUUGUCUGCGUUUGAAAAGUUGCAUCAAACUGCCGAAGAGAAGAAAAACGCUGGGGAUAAAUUGGAGAAGCUAAUAUUGAGUACGAAGACGAACAAAGUGGAAUUGGGAAUUGUUGCUCUGACAAAUGGUCAGACUGGGCGAGUUCGGACUUGGGAAUCUGCGGGUUUUUUGGCGUUUGAAGUUGGAAAUCAGCCGAGCCCUUGUUUCGCGUUAUCCCGGCGUCAUCAUAAUGCUCGAAAUCUUUCAGACGUUUUUCCCGAUCGGCGGCUCAACAAGCAAAUGACUCAUCAGUCCGUGGCAGUAAAAGCGAGCGCCGGGAUGAGAAGUUCGCAAGAAAUGGAGAAAAUGGCGCGUCUAUUUGAAGAAAAAUUGGAUGAUUUCGUGUAUCCCGUCCCACGUUUUUCCAAAGAUGACUCUUACCCUUCGAAUUCUUGCCAAGAGUCAGAGUUCGUUGAGGAUCAUGCGGAAGUAUCCUCAACAACUGAUAAUUUGGUGAAGUUGGCAAUACCAUUGCCAACGAAACAGCACAGGGCGAGACGAGAAACUGCGAGAGAACUGGGGGGCGUAUCUGCGCAUCGCUUACCGUCACUUCCUGCUCUUCCUGAAACUUUUGUUACCGAAAGCCACGUUGAAGAACGUGCUGAGGUGCUUGAAGAAUAUAUGAACAUCGUUCUAAAUGAUCCUCUAUUUCGAGAGCACGCGGACGUGUUGGACUUCCUCGAAGUCUCAGGCUUGUCUUUUGUGGAGGAAUUGGGUGGGAAAGGCAAGGAGGGGUUGGUUCAAAAAAGACCUUGGGAAACAAGGAGAGAGGCUAAUGUUUGUUACAGAUGUGCUUGUAUGUGCGUUGAUGUAACUUCUCCGGCUUGGCGGCAUCGCUGGCUCAUCGUCAAAGACACCUGGCUGGGUUAUUUGCAACCCUCAACCGGGAAGGUUCACGCAAUCAUGUUGUUUGAUCAGGGUUUUGAAGUUGGGAGGGGCAUUCGCCAAACGCAAGUGCCUCACGGGCUCAUCAUUUCUAAUUUGUCCAGGAGUUUGGUCAUUCGAUGUUGGACGAAGCGCAAAAUGAAUGAAUGGAGAGAUGAGAUUCUGAAGAUGGCGAAAAGUAAAGGGAAAGAAUUCAUCGAAUCGCAACGGUACAGUUCGUAUGCUCCUUUACGAGAAAACACCUACGCCAGCUGGUUCGUCGAUGGUGCGCCGUACAUGGAAGCUGUAGCCUAUGCACUUGAAUCAGCCACGGAAGAAAUCUACAUUGCCGACUGGUGGCUAACCCCGGAAAUAUACCUGAAAAGACCGAUGUUCGAAGGUGAAGCCUGGCGACUGGACGUUGUUCUUGAGAGAAAAGCCGAACAGGGUGUCAAGAUUUUUGUCAUGUUGUACAAAGAAGUUGAACUCGCUUUGGGCAUCAACAGUUGGUACUCAAAGAAACGACUACUGGCUAAGCAUGCAAACAUCAAAGUUGUUCGUCAUCCUGAUCACCUGUCUGGCGGUACUAUUUACUGGGCUCACCAUGAGAAACUGGUGAUAAUUGACCAGAAGAUUGCUUUCGUUGGAGGAAUUGAUUUGUGUUAUGGACGCUGGGAUGAUGCCAAGCACAAGCUGAUCGACUUGGGCUCCGUUGGUUCUGGUGGAGGAGGUGAUCAUCGAGGUUUGUGGAGAGGACUAUUCAUGCCACCGACCACACUCACGUCGUCGUCUGCGCCUCGUGGAGCCUUGCCGUCCACCAUUUUCCAACUUGCCAAAGCUACUCACCAAGUGUCCGUCAGCACGCUCAAGACCAACGGCGUUGAUGUCGUUGACACCGAGAACCGAGUCGAAACGAUUGUUGUGCAAAACCCUGAUGACGUCCCCGUCGAGCCAGAAGUGCCCAACGUCGGCGGUGAUGAUGACGUGGACAGUAUUGCGGACGACUCGAGUGAGCGUGUCAAAGGCGACACUCCGCCGCCUGAUCGCCAGUCCUCAUUGGCAUCGAGUGUGAGAGCGCUUCGUCAAGCCUUCAGUACGGGCAAGGAGUGGAGAAAUAAAAUUGCGCUCAAAUGGCGACGAGGUCGAUUUGAGAAAAUCUCUACUUGGGUCAUCCAAACUGAUUUCAGUGUUACCUUGGUGGUUGAAGAAACCGUGGCGGUGCAAUCUGUGGAAAUGGUAAAUAUGGCCUUUACACCUAGUGGAGACGAGGUCGAUUUGAGAAAAUCUCUACUUGGGUCAUCCAAACUGUGGAUGGGCAAAGAUUACGCGAAUUUCAUCGUGAAGGACUUUUCAAAUCUCGAUUCACCGUACAAAGACUUGGUGGAUAGAACGACAACACCUCGAAUGCCUUGGCAUGACAUUGCGACGAUGGUUCAAGGAAAAGCGGCCCGGGAUGUUGCCCGGCAUUUUAUUCAACGGUGGAAUGCUGCGAAGGUAGAUUUUUUCGGGAUUUGUAUCGAAAAGUUCUCCAAGAAUGACGAGUAUCCUUUCUUGCUCCCGAAAAGUUAUGACAACCUAGGAGACGAUCCAAUUAGUAUUCCGAAACUCAAAGCUCCUGUCUUCAACGUGAAAUGCCAGGUCCUUCGAAGUGCGUCUGAAUGGAGCGUUGGUGUAGAACUCGAAGAGCAGAGUAUACACGAAGCUUAUCGAGCAACCAUUUUGAAUGCCAAGCAUUACAUAUACGUCGAGAACCAGUUUUUCGUUUCAACUGGGACUGGAGCUUCCCCAGGAACGGAAAAUCUGAUCGCUGAAUCAAUUUUCGAAAGAGUUUGGAAAGCGUUCAAGGAUGGAGAAGAAUUUAGAGUUUUCGUCGUUAUGCCGUUGUUGCCGGGCUUUGAGGGACAAGUCGGCACACCGGGAGGAACUGCGAUUCAGGUGAUAACGCAUUGGAAUUACGCAUCCAUGAGCAGAGGGUCCUAUUCGCUGCUGCAGAAAUUACGCGAUAAAGGUGUGGAAAGUCCGGAAAAUUAUGUGGGCUUUUUUGGAUUACGGACGCACGCAGAACUGAAUGGUGUACCGGUGACAGAGUUGAUUUACGUCCAUUCGAAGCUGUUGAUCGUCGAUGACAGAGUCGUUAUUUGCGGCUCUGCUAACAUCAAUGACAGGAGUAUGCUGGGAACUCGGGAUUCGGAAGUUGCUGUGAUCAUCGAGGACGGAGAAAUGAUUGAAGGCGUGAUGAAUGGAGUGGAAGUGCAGGUCAGCAAGUAUGCGAGCAGUCUCAGGAAGCAGUUGUUUAAAGAACACUUGGGACUACUACCGGAACAGAAUGAGACCAAUAGCUCGGCUGUGAUGAGGGAGGACUACGACGUUUCAGAUCCUAUAGCGGCCGAGUUCUGGAAUAACGUAUGGCUAGCCACUGCCGAGAACAAUACUCGAAUUUAUGAGAAGACAUUCAGCGUCAUGCCGACAGAUAAGGCGAAAUCAUUUGCGGCUUUGAAAGAAAUGCAGCGAACUGUUCCCCUGGCUAUCAGCGACAUGGACACAGCUCGGGAGGUUCUGAAGGGCAUUCGUGGCUAUUUGGUUCAGAUGCCGCAUGCCUUCUUGGAAGAAGAAUGUCUUCAGCCGGAUGUUGGGUCCAAAGAAUACCUUAUACCUACUGCUGUUUGGACUUGAACUGCUGAUAGUUUUAUAUUUUGUGGAUCAAGAUUUUUUUCUUUCAAGUGCUUCUGGUUUUUCGUGCUUCAGCUUUGCAUCGUUUAGAUUUAGGAUUUUAACGGGUAUUUUACGACUCCUGCGAAAAAAAAUCGAAUCCGAUCGGAAGCUGUGUAAUUUCAGCCUCACCAUUGUGUGAUGGUGUAAUCUCAUUUUGAGAUUUUACCUUGUAAUCCUGUCAGCUCCGUGAUGUUCUUCAAUUUCUUACUUGGGAAAAGUCACAAGUAUCUAUGAUCCCGAAGGGUUUUUCGGGGAAAAAAAAAUGUGUAAAAGCGGGAAGGAAUGCCGAUGCCGAAAAAAUCCCUGUGAUGUUUUUUUCCUGACUCUGGCAUAUAUUUUAUUUUGUCAGCUUGACGAGCUCACUUGGGUGCUAACUGGUAGCCUACCCUGAAACGUGUGCAAAGAAGAGGAAAGUCCACUGUUAUGCAUUGUGAAAUUUUUGUACGGCACUUCUGCAUGUACAGUUUGAGACGAAAUUUUUGCACGAGGAAGAGGCUUGCGGGAAUGGCACAAGGACUUUUUUUUUUUUCUAAAAUAAAACCCAGAAAAUCAUUUGCGGUGCUUGAAAAAAAUAUGAGCAAUACUCAAAGAGAUACGUUGCUAUUGACUAACAGUGCGUGGAAGAUGUUCGUGAAAAAAUCUUCUGCUUGUUUUUAUUUCAGUUUGUUGAAGUGAAGGGGUUUUAGCCGCCCUGUGGAAUAUGCUUCUUUGUUUCAUGUCGACGUGUGAUUUCCUGGGUGCGGAUUUUUAUUUUAUUCAAGGUGCAGUGAUGGAUGACAAACAUCCCUGUUUUUGAAGUAUCGAAGGUCUAGAAAUCAGCUUUGAUUGACGUGACGAUUAACGCUCGCGGAUUUUUACUCCGUCGCUCAAAUUAUUCAGCUUUUUAUUGGUUGAUCAGUCUCUCUCUUCUGAAAGAUUUUUAAUGCGUAGAUCGGCCGAUUACGGUGGAAAAGUGGUCGUUUUUUUUUUUUUUCUAAACCCAGGGUUGCUGAAUGAACGUUUUCCUUGCAUUUCUUAUA